CUUUUGAAAUGGCUAAAAGGAGGGUAGAAAUCGCAUUACAAGAUGAAAUUAAUGAUCAGGAUACCUGGAACUUGUUUAUUGAAAAAGAUGGUCUGAAAAUAAUUGAUGUCUAUCAAGAAUGGUGUGGUCCUUGUUCAGCAGUUGUUGGACUUUUCAAGAGAUUAAAAACAGAGAUCAACGACGACCUGUUACACUUUGCUGUUGCGAAAGCUGAUAGCAUUGACUCAUUGCAUUUAUACAGGGGGAAGUGUGAGCCUUACUUUUUGUUUUAUGGGGGUAGUUGCCUUGUGGCUGCAGUCAAAGGAGUUAAUCCUCCAGUCUUGGAAAAACAUAUUGUUGAUAAACUUAAGCAGGAACAUGAUGUAAUGAAUGGCGAGGCUAAAAGGGUUGAGAUCAGAGAUCCUAUGAUCCUCGCUAAAGAGCUUGAAGAAGCUGAACUAAGGAGGAAAAGAGAGGAGGAGGAAGAGGUUGAACAGGAAGUUACAAUUGCAGUACUCAAACCUGAUGUAGUAUCAUCUGGACAGGCAGAGGAAAUUAUUGAACAUCUUAAAGAGAAGGGCAUUAAGAUACUUGAACAACAGGAACGCUUAUUCACUACUGAAGAGGCCGAAGUCUUUUAUGAAAACGUCAAAGACCAACCUUAUUACAAUGAUCUGGUGCAAUUUAUGACGUCUGGUCCUAGCAGAGUAUUAGUGUGUGCAUUAGAAGGCAAGCAAGGUGUUAUUGAGGAGUUAAGAGGUUUGAUUGGACCAUCUGUUAUUGAAGACGGUGUAAAUGAUUAUCCUGAAACAAUAAGAGCAAAGUAUGCUAGUGGAAAAGUUAAAAACGCUAUUCAUGCUGCUGACUCUAGAGAAGAGGCUGCAAAGGAACUGGCAUUCUUCUAUCCAAAUUUUGAACCACCCAUUAUAACAGUGAAACGUACUCAUCCACUUCGUGAAUUAACUGAUGAAAAACAUGAUGGUAUUGGCAAAAAAGGUCGAAUAGAACGCACAGUCGCCCUGUUACGUCCACAAGCUUACGAAUUAUAUAAGGAUAAAAUAUUAGAGGAAAUUAAGAGUGCUGGAUUUACAAUAGCAAUGCAAAAAGUGGUACAAUUAACUAAAGAACAAGUAGAAGACUAUUAUAAAGAGCACAGAGGAGAACCGUAUUUUGGCGAGUUAACAGUUGUAAUGUCCAGUGGUCCAUGUUUAGCUUUACUUUUAGCCAGAGAAGACGCUGUUAAGAAAUGGAGAGAAAUGUUAGGCCCAACAAAAGUUGAUGAAGCUAAAGCCACAGCUCCUGAAUCACUUCGAGCUCAAUUUAUAAUGAAACCAUCAGAGGUUGCCUCUGAGAAAAGAAGUGAAGAUAUUAAUCUUUUACAUGGUUCAGCUGAUGCAGAUGAAGUGAAAAAAGAUUUAGAUUUCUUCUUUCCAGUUGAAAAAACAAUUGCAGCUAUUAAACCAGAUGCUUACGCUAAUCGAGAUGAGAUUAUUGAAAAGAUUAAAUCAGCUGGUUUUCAUGUAGCAGCACGUAGAGAUACAAGUCUUUCAAAGGAAUUAGCUGAAAAACUAUAUGCAGAUUGUUCGGAUAAACCAUUUUACGAAGAUUUAGUAAACCAUAUGAUCAGCGGUCAAACUUUGUUUAUGGUCUUGACCAGAAGAGAUGCAAUCGCUGGCUGGCGUCAAAUGAUGGGACCAACAGAUCCAAAUUUAGCAGCAGAGGAAGCACCAGGAAGUUUACGCUCCACAUAUGGUAGAGAUAUUCUUCGUAAUGCGGUACAUGGUGCAUCUAACAUAGAACAAGCUCAGCGUAUUCAAGAAUUAUUAUUUGAAAAUAUUGAAAUUAGUGAUAAAAGCCGUACAGUAAGUGAAACAAUCGAUACCGAUAAAGAUCAAAGAACUGAAGAGAUUGAAAGCAACAAAGGCUCAUUACUCGACACUGUUAUUACCACGAAACAUAAAGAUGAUUUUGAAGGUGAAAAUGCUGAAACAAUUGAUGCAAAUGUUGAUGAACAAGAGGCGGAAUCAGCGAGAGUAGAAACCAGUGAACAAAAAGAUGUGGAAGAAGUAAAGGAGAAAGAAAAUCUGUCUAAUCCACCAGAAAUACAACAUGAUGAAAAUAUGCCAAAAAGUCCUGCAGUAGAAGAGACCCAUCUCUCUGCAACAGUUGAUAGUGAUGUACAGCCUGAAAAUGCUGGUACAGACUUACAACCUGACCAUAAUACAAUAGCGGAAACUAUAUCUGAAGUAAUACAAAAUGCAGAAAAUCUUGAGGCUACACAGGCAAAUGUUUCCGAUGCUAAGUCAACGUCAUCAAAUCAAGCUAAAAAGUUACUACCGAAACUACCUUUAAUAAGGAAUAAAACGAAGUCGACCGCUGCUAAGCCAAAAGAAACAAUUAAAAGUACAAGAAAGCUUCCAUCUAUUAAAGGUUCGUGA